AAAACCAUAUACGGCACGUUGCUCUUCAAUUUGUGUGUUGUAAGCAAACAAUGCAACACCUGACUAUGGUCAUGCCGAGAUCAAUAUUACCUACAGAAACAAAUCAUUAUGCGGCUUUGCGUUUAAUAAGUAUGUAAAGUAAAAUACCUCUUUCUUACUUAUUUAAGAUUAAAGCAUUGAAAGUUAUUUAAAGGAAUAAUGUUUCAUUUGGAAAAUAUACAUUAUAAGCGCUGGUCACCAAAGUGUGUAUUUGUAUGUAGGACUUUCAACUGUUGAGUUACAAAAAAGCAAACUGGUUAAACACUUCCUCAAAAAAACAUUUAAGAAUCAUGUUAUUAGGAAAAUGAAGAAGACACUUAGAUUAUUUGUUAAUGUGACAUGUUUCUCAAUUAUUGUGUGGUGUCUUGCGUAUGAAAAUAUAUCAAUGUUCCAGCCCGAUACAGAUCGGCUUAACAUUUUUGCCGCAAGACUGGUCUUGAAAUCCAAAGGAAAUCAGCAUAGUGUAUGUCAUAAUCAGAAAAAUGAAACAAAUAUGAGUAUAAUACACGGGAAUGUUAUUGAACUUAAAAAGUUAAGAGACCUUGUACAACGCAGAUUAUUUUACAUUCAGAAUCCAAAGAACUGUAUGGCAGCAAAAAAGAUAAUUUGUAAACCCAAUAAUGCCGGCUUUGGAAGUACUUUACACCAGCUGACAUUUUGUUUGAUUGCGGCCUAUGCUACUGAAAGAACACUUAUUAUCAGGUCAAAGGGAUGGAACUAUGCAAAAGAGGGUUGGGAAACCGUAUUUCUUCCUGUCAGCACUAAUUGUACAUCUGUUAUGAACAAUACAGUAACAAAAACUAAAACGUUAAAGAAUAUAUCUGACAAACAGGCAAUUGCCUUACCCGCAAUGAGAAGUGUCGAUCUGGUGGACUACAUGCCCUUCGUAAUACCAGUAGACUUAGCUGCCAGACUAGAAACGGUUCAUAUAAAUCCAGAAAUAUGGUGGAUUGGGCAGUUUGUGGAGUAUCUUAUUACACCAAAUAAUGAUUUAAAAUUGCAUUUAAAAAAGCAGCAGAAACAGCUAGUUUUUCGACGGCCAUUAAUUGGAUUGCACAUAAGACGGACAGAUAAGAUAAAUGAUGCAAGAUAUUUCAAUCUGAGUGAAUACAUGGAUGUUGUAGAAAAAUGGUUUGAAGAGCACUUACAAAACAAUACGGAAAGACGAUACAUAUUUAUUGCUACUGAUUUUCCGAAAGUUAUACAGGAAGCAAUACGCACGUAUCAAAACUAUACGUUUGUUUAUCAUAAAAAGACGAUUACUGACAGAUACUCAUUAUCAUCACUGAAAGACAUUAUUUCGGACAUACACACACUAAGAAUGUGCGAUUUUGUAGCAUGCACAAUGUCUUCAAAUAUUUGCCGACUCGUUUAUGAGCUUAAAGGAUCGCGUGACGGAUGUGCAGCUUAUCGACUUGUUUCCUUGGACAUGGACUAUUUCUUUAACGCUAUGCCGCUGAGAAGGACUAAUGGUGUUUCCUUACAGAAUAUAACACUUACAUAUCAUGGAUUUAAACCUAUCAAAGAUAAAACAGAUAAUCAAAAAAGAAUUUUGUUUGCAACAGAUAGAAAUAAAUCGCGAGUUGUCAUGCCGCUUUACCCCGAAAUUAAGGAAAAAUCAGGUGCAUUAAACGACGACAGUAAAAAAUAAACAUAUUGCUAUUUCUCUCAAUUGUGUUAAUCCUUUUUAAAAGCUAACAUUAGGAACCUUAUCAAUUUUGUAUUGCGAUUACGUUUUAUUUUAUCCGGAACAACCAAUGCAAUAACAGUCAUAUAUUACUUUAAGAGGAAAAAGGUCGGAUAGUUAUUUGGUUCAGAUCAAAUAUUAAACCGAGUAAGGAGAGUGUAGAAAAACAACAUAAAGAAUGAUAUUCUGCGACAGAAUAUUCGAAAAGAAAUACAAGUGAAUAUAAAUUAUUGUAUUAAAUGAGCAGCGUCAACAUAAGCGAUAAAAAGCGGAUUAUGUUUCUUUAGGCAACCAUGUGUUAGUUCAAUAUAUAAGUUUUUCAUAUAUUCUAUUGGUUGAUAAAUAUAAAUAUUUGUAUGUUUUACAGUAUUUCUUUGUAUUUGAUAAUUUUAAUAACACCAUUAUCUUUG